AUGAGAACCUCUCUGUCCUGUAAUUCAGAGUCGGAGGGUGAUUUCGCAGACGAAAACGUGGGUCUCAUCACAAAGACGAAGAAGAAGGGCAAAAAUUUGGAGCGAACUCCUCUACUACAUCGACCGAUGUCGUCCGCUGAUCCAGCAACCAUUGAAUUUGGUCGUCGACUCGAACGAGAAAGUGAAGAGCACCAUAUUUCUAGUGACGAUGAAGGAGCCAACACAGGUGGUGAACAGUAUGGCAGUACUACGGGUGCUGAUUUUAAAGCUAUAGUUGAUGAAGCAAUUCGAGCUAUUCAUAAUGGAGUUUUCCCAGAACGAAUCGCUCAAGGUUCAAGCGGCUCUUACUUCGUUAAAAACAUGCAAGGGAAAAUCAUUGGCGUUUUUAAACCGAAGAAUGAAGAACCAUAUGGACAUUUGAAUCCGAAAUGGUUGAAAUGGUUCCACAAGAUCUUCUUACCAUGCUGUUUUGGAAGAAGUUGCCUUGUACCGAACCAGGUUUGUUUGCCUUCAUUCCUUCUCUAA